AUGCACGCAUUAUCAACAUCAUUUCUUCCCAUUCACGAGAUGAUCAAGUGUAGAAGAGUAAAUUCUCUAUGGAAACAUAGUGUGCAUUCCGAUCAACCAUUUUGGAAGAGCAUGUUUGUAAAUUAUUAUGAAAUUGAUCAAUAUUUUCAUUACGAUGAUGAAGAUGAAGAUAAUAGGGUUCAUUCUUGUUGGUUAUACAAAUUAUUAAGAAUUUUGGCUAAAAUUCCAAAAAAGCAAAUUAAUGAUCAUGAUGAAGUGUUUAAUCCAAAUAGCUUGGAAUGUGUGAAGAAUUACGAAUCACUAUUUUCCAAAGUAUAUCCUUAUGAUUAUUGUUCAUCUGCUAUGGUUGUGAAUGAUGAACAAAAGGUCUCUUUUAAAUUUAAUGAGGAAAUUUCAAAAACGAGUGUUCUUGAAGUGUUGGAUCACUUUUUGAUUGUAAUUAUUUAUGAUGCAUUGACACUCUCUGGAUAUACACCAAAUUUACUAAUCGACAAAUUAAUGGUUCAGCUCUAUGAUUUUGAGCUUACUAAGCAUGUUGUAAAAACCAUUCCAUUAUUGACAUUUCUGACCUGCUUUUUUAAAGUGGAGAGUUAUAGAAAUAAUUGCUUCAAGCUUGCUAAAAAACUAUUCUCUGUCGAGUGUCUUGAUAAUGUUUGUGUUGGAUUGAAUAUGGAAAACUUUGUGGGGCUGAUAGAAAUUGGAGAAAUGACAAAUCCAAAUACAACUUUUAUUGAUGAGGAAUUAUUGGAAGACCCAUGUUCUGAAUUUCGAUUAUCAUUAUGUGAAGGAAGCAUCAUUCCAUCCUACUUUAAUGCUGGUGGAGGAUGGAUUGACAGUGCAGAUACCAGCUUGCGAGUCAAUUCUCAAGAUGGAUCCAUAGUAGAUGUUGAAAGACUGUCAACAAGACAAUUUUACUAA